AUGGGUCUCCGUAGUGUCUUCUCGUUACUCUCGGCCAAUAAAGGCACCUCGAAGAGCGAUGGAUUCUCCGCUCCAUCCCCAAACGCCUUCCCCUCUCAUCAGAGGAAUAAUACCGACCCUCUUCCUAUAAACAAAGUCCCUUCCCCUACUGCAACAGCUUCACUGUCGCAUACAUUAAAGAAAUCUGACCGAACGAGUUCAAGGCCAGUUUCGGCCGCCUACCCACAACCGUCCGUCAUGGACGUGCCCUCUGAAACGAUCCCCGAGCUAGAGCCCGUUUUGAAUCAUCUGAACGCCCAGACGAACAAACUCUACCAGGAAGGCUAUUUUCUAAAACUAAACGAUUUAGAUAUCCAUGGUCGAUCAUUCCAAGAGAGGCAAUGGGUGGAUUGCUUUGCUCAGUUGAUUGGCACUGUUCUCUCGUUAUGGGACUCAGCAGCGCUGGACGCAGCUGGUCCGGGCGAAGAUGUUCCACCCACAUUCAUCAACUUGGCUGAUGCUUCAAUCAAAAUGAUUGAAACUCUACCCACACGCAGCGAAAUGAGCAAGCCUCUCCAAAACAUUCUUAGUAUAUCAACCGCCGGAAAGAACCGAUAUCUUCUCCAUUUCUCGUCGCUACAUUCGCUGACUCAAUGGACUGCCGCUAUCCGCAUAGCCAUGUUUGAAAAUACCAUAUUGCAAGAAUCUUAUACUGGCGCACUCAUUGCAGGCAAGGGGAAAACUCUGAAUGGCAUUAAGAAUAUCCUAGAAAAAACGAAAUUCGUGUAUGAAGACUGGGCGAGUGUCAGGUUUAGCCCUGGAACACCUUGGAAACGAUGCUGGUGUGUGAUUUCACCCCCAGAUGAGAAGGAGUUUCAAAGAUUGAAAAAGGAGCAGAAGAAGAAGUCAGUCUAUGAUCGAAACGCUCCGUUAUUGAAAGGCAACAUUAAAUUCUACGAGACCAAAAAGACCAAAAAGGUCAAGCCAAUCGCUACAGUCACGGAUGCGUUCUCUGCAUUUGCCAUCUACCCACAGUCUCGGCCACUAAUUGAUCAAUCCACAUUGGUGAAGGUCGAAGGCCGAAUAACGAUACACGGCAAAUCUGAAUCAACUGCUGAAGGAUUUGUUUUCGUUCUACCAGAGCUUCAUCCUGCAGUUUCCGGUUUAGAGAUGAUGCUUCGUUGGCUAUUUCCGGUUUAUGAUACGUUUGGUCUCUACGGAAGACCAACCAGACUAAUUGCGGAUACCCUGAAUACUCGAAGUUUAAUGUUUGCGCUCCCAAAACGACGGCAACCUGGAUAUCUCGACAUUUUUGAUGUGACUACACUGAUACAUACCGAGGGAAGCAAUAAUUGGACCGAACGGGAAUGGCGAAAGGCGCUAAAAGAUGUCACCGUUAAACGAAUGACGAACAAUAAUAGUCGAGAGAGUAGCAUGACUGGAAGCGGGCGCUUUAAUCGAAAUAGCAUAGCGUCGCAAAAUGGUGUACCUUUGAGGUUUGCGAAUGGUGCACCACCGCCCUCUUUGACAGGGAGACCAGAACCUAAUCGCUCUAGCGAUGGAAAUAUAAAAAUUCCGAAAGCUGGAUUGGGUGUUCCGCCAGAUCGCAAUUCGAUGGGUCAUAGACACUACCGCGGACAAGGAUCUCCACCAUCCCUAUCAUCUGGUGAAAAAAGUUUGUCGGAAGAAGCUGAGCUAGCCCCGGAGCCGCCAAUGCAUAGAAACUCUCAGUACGAUGGAAUAUCUGGUCCCACCGGAUACACUCGAAGAGAUAGUGCUAAUAGCGAACUGAACAACUACCAGGUCCAAGACCGCCAAGCACUCAGUAAUGGAUAUCAACAGAGCCCGCCCCCUGCACCUGUAGCCAUGCCCCCGGCUUUCCUUCAUGAUCCCAGAAAGGCGCCCCCUGUUAGGCCUCAACCGUCACCGGGCUUUCAAAAAGCAGGGAACCGGUUGUCACAAGGAACCUUAUCCCAAAUGGUCGAUAUGAACAUGAACAUGACCAGGAACUUGGCUGCGACGGGGGCAGCAGUUGCUUGGAGUGAGCAAACUUCGGCCCAACAGCCGUAUCAUCAAGGUCAGCGAGGGGAUGCGGAGAAUGCUGGUAACGAAGAGAAAAGUUCCACUGAUAUGAAUUUAUCGACCCAAAGCCAAGUAAGCCUUAGAACGUCGAAGCCGUCUUCCCAAGACAACAACGCUCCUGUAGUGGAUGGCCCAAUCCUAAACUCCCCGAGUCCCGAUUCCUAUGAGAACCAGAGCUCUGGAAUGAACUUUCUUUCCAUCGAUACCCACAAAGCAACCUCCCCAAAACCGGUCGCCCAGACUCCAUAUGGUUCUGAAAGUCCGCCCUCUGAAAGAGCUUCGACUCUAGAUAGUAUGCGUCAUGCGAUUGACAUUGAUGCAUUAGACAGAAUCAUAGCUCGAGGGCGGUCUCCCACGGUACCAGUGGAGAAUGUCCAGGAUGAAGAAAGCGUAUAUGACCAAAGUUCAGUGUCCUCGCCUGACUAUGCCAGCUCUCACAAGUCCUCAGUCUCGCGGCGGUCGCAAAAGUCAUUAAAGCCAAGAAUGGGAGUACUGAAAGUUGUUGGAGACGAGGGGCCAGAAAAAUCAGAAGUAGUGAUUGGUGAUGCCCGUUAUCAACGUUCUGACCCCCUUACCUCUCGCAGAGACAAUCCGGACAUCCCCCCUGUCGAUUUUGGGCCAACACAGGCUUAUAUGCCCACGACGAGGCGACCCAGUACCUCAGAUACGCUAGUGCUGUUAACUCACAAGCGGAUUCCUUCAGAUGUUACCAUCGGCCGAGAAAGGCGAGGGCCUUCAAGGGAAACAAGCCGGGGUCCCCACCUCCCGAAAACUCCAUCCAACGACGACCACCGACGAAACAUCAUCUGGCAACCCGGGAUGGUGAGCGGGUCAGUGAGCCCUGGCCCUCAUAUCACACCUGAAGAGUUUGUCCAGCGGAAGGCAGGUGCAAAUUGGCUCAGCUCUCCCAUUCGUUUCCCGCCGGGUACUACUCAACCUCGACCAGCAUCUGGCGAUUGGACAAACCAUAGCCGCCAACAAUCAAUGAAGCAAGACCUACCAGCCCGUCCGCACUCGCGAGGCGCCAUUGUCAUGUUGGGUCACUCUGGACUAGGAUCUACACCACCCCCCCCGUCUGGGGAUUGGACCAAUACAGCACGACAACAAGCAAUGAUGCGGGAAAUGCCCCCUCGUCCACACUCUCGUGGGGCUAGUGUAAUGUUCGGACAUUCUGACAUUUGCCCCCAACUCUCCGCACGGGAGCAAGAAUAUGUCGCGCGCGUGACCGGGUCUUCCUUCUUCAACAUUAGUAGUGAAAACCAAAGUGAGGCCCCGGUUCACGGCGCAAGCCUCGUAAGCGCCAUAGACGCUCGAGAACGCGAGAAAAGGGCUAUCAAGGAGGGUCUUAGCGGGCAAAUGGUCCAACAAGCUAUCGCCCAACGCCAAUAUCGACAAGCGCAAACCCCAUCACCAUUUCAAUCACAACCCGUGCCAGCACAAUACCAAGCAAGCUCACACUUUACACCACAAUAUUACCAGUAUAACAGGUCCGAUAGUACGCUUGGUGGCUAUGGCUCUGUUUACCCACACCAGCAUCAAUCACCAAGCCAAUGGUCGGUCGACCAACACCAACGCCAGCAAUCUUUGUUAAGUAGCCAACAACUUCGCUCGCCGCUGCAGUAUCAAGAGCAGCCGGUGACAGCUACAGCGACAGCGACAGCGGGAUAUCGGCCAAAUCCUUACUACCAACAGCCACCAGUUCAUCAUAAAGCGGGUUUGGGAGCCCCACACCACUAG